AUGGCUGUGAUGAAUGAAGAGAACAUGACCCGAGACGACAUCACUGCCUUCUCUAACUGCUGCACAUUGCAGGACAUCCAGGAUGAAGGAGCUUUAUUAGAAGGUCUGGAGGACAGCACGCAGCUUGUGGGGGUUCAGGUGGUUCUCAUCUUAGCCUACAGCACCAUCAUUCUGUUCGGCGUGAGUGGAAACUCUCUGGUUAUUUAUGUCGUGUAUAAGUUCCGCAACCUGCACACGGUCACUAACUUCUUCAUCGCUAACCUGGCUGUAGCAGACCUGCUGGUGAACGCGCUGUGCCUGCCCUUCACCCUGAUGGCCACGCUCUCAGGCGAGUGGAAGUUUGGUCAGGUGAUGUGCUACCUGUUACCGUACGCUCAGGGCCUCGCCGUUCACGUGUCCACCAUUACGCUCAGCGUGAUCUCGCUGGACCGCUACCGCAGCAUCGUCCACCACACUGAGACAAAAAUGUCUAAAGACGUGUGUGUGGUGGUCAUCAUCAUCACAUGGAUGGCCAGUGCUGUGCUUGCCAGCCCCUUAGCCAUCUUCCGUGAGUAUGUGACCUUUGACCUGACACCCGAGCACAGCAUUCAGGGUUGUGUGGAGAAGUGGCCGGGCAGCAGUGCGGACGGAACCGUGUACAGUGUGGCCACGUUCCUGCUGCAGUACGGCCUGCCCCUGUCCGUCAUUUCCUACGCCUACGCCUGUAUCUGGAGCAAACUCAGGAAGCACGUGAGCCCCGGAGGAGGACACAGCGAGCGGCACCGGCGCCGACGGAAAACCACGAAGAUGCUAGCGGCCGUGGUGGCCGUGUUCGCCGUCAGCUGGCUACCGUUCCACGCCUUCCAGCUGGCUGUGGAUAUCGACAGCAGCGUGUUGGACAUGAAGGAUUUUAAGCUGCUCUAUACGGUGUUCCACAUCAUCGCCAUGUGCUCCACAUUUGCAAACCCCAUCCUCUAUGGCUGGAUGAACCGGAACUACCGGGCGGCCUUCGCCGCGGCGUUUAAGUGCGCUCCGGCCGAGGGCGUGCUGAGGAGAGUGCACAGCAGGGACACGCUGAGAGACAAAGCUCUCAGACACAAAUGUACCAUCACCACACUGACUCAGGAUAACACACACCUGUGACAGCAUGGCGCAGCAGGGAAAAUAACACAACAAGAAAUAAAGUCACCAAAGAUGACAUCAAGAAAAUAUUUGCAGACUCAGACCUCGUAUAAAAACAUUUUUCGGUAAACACGUUCUCAGUGUUAUUCCUGUGUAAGGUGUAAUGUUAGAACAGCUUCAGAUCAAAUCCGUGUGUGAACACUUAUGUUGUCGUUGUGUGUUUUAUCCUAUAAGAUGUGUAUGUCAGAAGUAUACUGUGUUUGGUGUCUGUUGUUAAUAUAAAGAGGAGAAUAUCAUUUAUGUUGACAGUGAUUCAGGAGACGAAAACAUUUCUUCUUGUUUCAAUUUCUCAAGUAACAAACCUGAUAAAGUUGGGACAUGACAGACGGCAGCUUGUCACGCUGGUGCACCUGCACUGCAUCUCACUGUCAAUAAAGCCAGCCUCCAGCUCGAUUCAUUUUACAGCCGCUGACGUAUACGACCGGCUCCUUUAGAAAGACGGACAACAGUGAAAAGUUAACAGCUGCACAAAAUAAAUACUGGCUCUAAUGUAUAGACUGAAUUUUUUUUAAUUUGUAAGAUAAUUGUGAGUGUUUUUGUGUCUCAUACACAUCAAAGUUACAGAAUCAGAGCUGAUCUAGUGAAGUUAAUAACAGCGUCAGAGCCGUUGUCCAGGGUGGGACGCUGUACGCCAGCUGUACACUGAACUCUGAUUUACUCAGCGUGUG